GGGGGAGGUUCACUUUUGCGCGGGACGGCUGACAAUGUCCAUAAGCGAAGCACUGGACUGCUGUGCUCUUGUGAGCAUCCAUGAGGAGAUGAACCCAAGCAAGCGCAGGUCCAUGGAGGACGCCCUUCGCGUAGUUGAUGGCUUCGCCGGCAACGCAAGGCAUGGUUUCUUUGGGCUGUACGACGGGCACGGAGGGCGAGAGAUAUCGGCAUAUCUGCAAGAAAACCUGCACGUGACGUUGGAGAAUGAACUGGCCCACGUCGACAACGCCGGGCGAACCGACGUUGCCACAUGCAUCUCACGUGCGUUUAUUGUGGCGGACAUGGAUUGCUGUGAAUUGCCAGCGGCCGAGAACGCCGGGUCGACCGCGGCCAUUGCUUUGCUUCGGGACGAAGACAACCAUCGCGUCCUGUAUGCCGCGAACGUUGGCGACAGCCGAAUAGUACUGUGCCGCAAUGGGACCGCAGAGCGCUUGACGCAGGACCACAAAGCAGAAUUGCAUUCGGAAGCUGUCCGUGUCUGUGACUCUGGUGGCUUUGUCAUUCACAACCGCGUGUCUGGCGUUCUUGCGGUGUCGAGGUCAUAUUCUAUAUAUGCGAUGCAGAGAAGAUGUCUCUCAUGUACGUGUACUAGAUCGUUUGGCGAUAGCGCGUUGAAGAAGUGGGUUAUUGCGCACCCGUACACGUCCAAAUCCAUGUAACGUCCUGGCUACGUCGAUCAUGAACGUGAUGGUGGGUGUAGAUUGGAUGCGUCGUGCUCGUUCUUCAUCCUGGCAUGUGAUGGGGUGUGGGACGAGCUCGAAGACCAAGCAGCCGUGGACCUAAUCUUGGCCUUGUCAGAGUCGGACCGAGCGCAGGCGGCCGAAGUCCUCGUCGGCGCCGCCCUUGAAGAAGGAAGCUGUGACAACAUUUCAGCCAUCGUGGUCUUCCUGUAGUUUUCGAAUAAUCUGUGAAACCGUCAAUAUUAAUUAUUACAGGAUAUUCCAUAUAUAAGUACACUUG